GUCAGCAUGAUCCCGGGGCACGGGCCGGUGACCCAGGCGGUGCUGGGGACCUUCCUCACGUGGGGGCUGACGGCGGCUGGCUCGGCGCUGGUGUUCGUGUUUUCCAGCGGGCAGAGGCGGAUCCUAGAUGGGAGCUUAGGCUUUGCCGCGGGGGUCAUGCUGGCAGCGUCGUACUGGUCCCUCUUGGCCCCUGCUAUCGACAUGGCCGAGGAAUCCGGCAGCUUCGGAGCCUUCGCGUUCUUCCCCGUGGCCGUGGGCUUCGCUCUGGGAGCGGCUUUUGUGUACUUCGCCGACCUGCUCAUCCCAGCACUGGGUUUCAGCGGGCCUCCCCACGCGGCGUUUGCCUUGAGCUGCGAGCAGCGAGCGGUGAAAGAAAAAUACGAGCACGAACCUGCGCAUCAGCUGGACUACGAGAGCGAGUUGUCCAUCCGGAUAG